AUGACCGAGUGCAUUCAUAACAUCAAUCUCCACAACUUCAGCAAUUCUGUACUUGAGACCCUCAAUGAGCAGCGCAACCGCGGGCACUUCUGUGACGUGACUGUUCGGAUCCAUGGAAGCAUGCUGCGAGCCCACCGGUGCGUGCUGGCCGCUGGGAGCCCCUUCUUUCAGGACAAGCUGCUCCUCGGCUACAGUGACAUUGAGGUCCCCUCUGUAGUCUCGGUGCAGUCCAUCCAGAAGCUGAUAGACUUCAUGUACAGCGGGGUCCUGCGGGUGUCCCAAUCGGAAGCUCUCCAGAUCCUCACUGCUGCCAGCAUCCUGCAGAUCAAGACGGUCAUCGAUGAGUGCACCCGCAUCGUGUCCCAGAAUGUGGGCCUGGCCGGGCCAGGGGGGUUCCCUGUCAACCCAGGGGACUCUGGGCAGGAGACGCCCCGGGGCACGCCUGAGUCAGGCACCUCUGGGCCCAGCAGCGAUGCAGAGUCAGGGUACAUGCAGGCCACGUCCCAGCAGAGCCUUGAGCGUGCCUACACAUCGCUGUACUCCUACUCUGGCCUUUCAUUGCAGAAUGGAACCCGUGAGCGCUCCCACUACGUAACCAGUAUGACAACAAGCUACGACCCAGCCCUCAGCACGCAGAAGGACCAGCAUGACCCGCCAUGGAUCACCCGCAUCCAUGAGAGAUCACAGCAGAUGGAACGCUUCCUAUCCACUCCUGAGACCACCCACUGCCGCAAGCAGCCCCGGCCGGUACGCAUACAGACAGGAGGUAUUCACAUAAAGCAGGAGGCAGAGGACGAGUACAGCAGCUAUGGUAUGGAUGAGUGCACAGAAGACACUGACCACGUUGAGGGUGUGGAGAGUGAACCGAAGGGUGAAAGCUUUGACUCAGGGGUAAGCUCCUCCAUCGGUACUGAGCCAGACUCCGUGGAUCAGCAGCAGUACCUGGUUGGCUUUGGGAGGGAAGGGGGUGGAGAGGGGCAACAGUGCGAGGGGACCCCAGUGCAGAUCGAGGUCAAUGACUCCUCCCCAGAGCAGAUGCAUGAGAUGGAUGACAGGGGCACAUCCCACAACACUAGCGACAGUAACAUGUUGCAGCCCCUGCCCAACCCAAUCAUGGCCCAGUCCCUGCCAAGUGCCCCACUCUACAUGUGUCAGGCCGAAACUCACACCAGCAACCUGAGGAUGCCGCUCACCAUGACCAGCAACACCCAGGUAAUGGGCACAGCCGGCAACUCCUACCUGCCCAACCUCUUUGCCACACAGUCGGCCAGCAACAACAAGCCCUUCCUCUUCAGCCUGCCACAGUCCAUGGGAGGCCAGCAGCCCCAGUUUGUGGCCGUGCCGCCCCCUAGUAUGCCCCCAUUCCCUCAGCAGUUGAUGGUACAGCAGCAUGCAGCGCGGGAACAGCAGCAGGCGGCCCAGAUGGGGCAGGGGGAGAAGAAGCCCUAUGAGUGCACUCUCUGCACUAAAACCUUUACUGCUAAACAGAACUAUGUCAAACACAUGUUUGUGCACACUGGUGAGUACACUGGCUCCUUUUACCAUUUUGCAUGUAACAAACCACUUGCCAUGAGUGGUUUGGGGUUGAAAUAAUUUCCUUAUACAUUUGCAAACAUAAAAUACACAAAUGCAAAGAAUGGUUCUUUAAGUUUAGAUGUAGCAAUGGAUAAAUGUGUCUUUUGUUAAAUGGCUUGACAUAUUUAGGCUAUUUCUUGAUGGAUGGCUAAAAACAAAACAACUAUUUUACUAGCAUAAUGAAAAUUACACAGGUUUUCUGUGCAUGAAAGAAGUAUUAAUUUUAGGGAUUGACAUUAAGGGUUCCCCUACUGACCAACCAAGUGAACUUUCUGGUUUCUCCCCUCAUUGAAUUCAUGGCAGUCGGGCAAGUUGAGUCUGCUCUGUGGUUUCCCCAUUGGUCAGGUCGAUUUUUUAAAACUGAAAACAACCAAACUGCAAAUAAUUCCAGUAGCCUAAAAUGUAUAUUUUUGGUUCCUCCCCAUUGUUUAAGUGAAAGACAAACCAUUUCUGGCAUUUUAUGGCCCUAGCUGUUUACACACAGAAAUGCCACGAAUUGUAUUUCACUUAAACAAUGGAGAUGAACCAGAAAGACCUGUUUUAGGCUACCUUAAUGUCAAUCCCUGAUUUUGAUUCAGCUGAGUGUACAAAUUAGUUAAAAGGCUCUGUCACAUUGAAAAAUGAACUGUGGCUGCCUGCAUCAUAGCUGAUAUUCUGUAUUUGAUUAAUACAGUGAGUGAUAUUUAAUGUCCUGUCAAUUAAGCUAGUACUGUAAAAUAUGACACAUUGAUUACUAUUUGUAAUUUAGAGUUUUAUCAGUGGGUGGUGGUUGGUGCAUAAAUAUUGCAAGGUAAAUAAAGGGACGGCAACUACCACUGAGCAGGACGUUGGAAGGGGUUCAAAUUCUCCCAGAACCCAUAAUUGGGCUCUUCAUAUUCCAGUUAAGAGCAGAAUGAAACAGCAAUGAAUGAUGCACAUGGUAUUUUAAAUAGUUUCGAAAAUAUAUUCAAGCUGAGAUACCUAUUCAUAAACUGAUGGAGGACGAGUGUGCCCAUCAACAAUGGCUGCUUGGCAGUGAGGUCAAACUUUCUUAGGGCAUUGGGUUUAACUUGUUUUGUGACGGGCACAAACCACGUUAAUUUGCAAAACUACAUUUUCAAGGCUACAUUGGAAGAAUUGAGUUGCGCUGUCAAUGUCCUUCGUUGUUUAGCAGGGUUUUGUCCGUUUUUGCCUCCCAUUUUUCAUCCUAAUGACUGUGACUUCUGUGUAUAUUCAGGUGAGAAACCACAUCAGUGCAGCAUCUGCUGGCGCUCGUUCUCCCUGAAGGAUUACCUAAUCAAACACAUGGUCACUCACACAGGGGUACGUGCCUACCAGUGCAGCAUCUGUAACAAACGCUUCACCCAAAAGAGCUCCCUCAACGUCCACAUGCGGCUGCACCGUGGAGAGAAGUCCUACGAGUGCUACAUCUGCAAGAAGAAGUUCUCUCACAAGACCCUGCUGGAGAGACAUAUGGCUCUGCACAGCACAGUGGGCGCCAUCACGGGGCUGUCGGGAGCAGCAGGCGCCGGUGGCCCUGUCUCCAUUCCCAUGGCCGUGCCCGAACCCGGCGCCGGAGUUGUGGCCCUCGCCAUGCCCGUCAGCGGAGGCGCCGGAAUAGGGGGUGGGGUCGGAACAGGAGUGGGUGUGGCUGCGGAAGCAAGCUGCCAAGAAGGGACCACCUAUGUGUGCUCCGUCUGCCCUGCCAAGUUCGACCAAAUUGAGCACUUCAAUGACCACAUGCGAAUGCACGUCUCCGAUGGAUAA